UUUCCGAGUUUCACAAGAGCACGUGAACACGCCGCAGCUCUGGGUCUUCACGGUGGUCAGGUGACCCAACACCAGGCAGGCCAGUCUCUGCUUUUUCGUCGUUGUGGCUCCAAUGUCGGAGGUGUUUGUCCCUGGAAGAAAUGGACUCUGGCAAUGCACGAAUUUGAUCGUUCGGAGAUCCGAUCCGUUGAGUCUGUGAAUGGCGCCAAAACAGGACCCUAAACCUAAAUUUCAAGAAGGUGAAAGAGUCCUGUGCUUUCAUGGGCCAUUGCUCUAUGAGGCAAAGUGUGUAAAGAUUAACAUCAAGGAUAAGCAGAUAAAAUACUUCAUUCAUUACAGCGGAUGGAACAAAAACUGGGAUGAAUGGGUUCCUGAAAGCAGAGUUCUCAAAUAUGUGGACAGCAACCUUACGAAACAAAAAGAGCUUCAAAAGGCCAAUCAGGACCAUUAUGUUGAGGGAAAGAUGAGGGGUUUAGCGCCAAGCAAGAAGAUCGCUGCUGUGCAGCAGAAAAAUGUUGAUCUGAAAGUGAAAAAGGCAAAACAGAAGAUCCCAGGGCCAGGUGAAGGUACCAGCAGUGGAGAAAUGCCCCAGGGACCACGGAAGAAGAGGGCUCGGGUUGAUCCCACUGUGGAGAGUGAGGAGAUGUUCACCAACCGUGUGGAAGUGAAGGUGAAGAUCCCUGAGGAGCUGAAGCCCUGGCUGGUGGAUGACUGGGACCUCAUCACUCGGCAGAAACAGUUAUUUCAUCUGCCUGCUAAGAAGAAUGUAGAGACUGUCUUGGAGGACUAUGCAAACUAUAAGAAAUCAAAAGGAAACUCAGACAAUAAGGAGUAUGCAGUAAACGAGGUGGUGGCAGGCAUUCGGGAGUACUUCAACGUCAUGCUGGGCACACAGCUGCUUUACAAGUUCGAGAGGCCGCAGUAUGCUGAGAUCCUGGCUGAACACCCAGACAUGCCAAUGUCGCAGGUUUACGGAGCUCCGCACUUGCUGCGCCUUUUUGUUCGUAUUGGAGCCAUGCUGGCAUAUACUCCACUGGAUGAGAAGAGUCUGGCUUUGCUGCUCAGUUACCUUCAAGAUUUCCUGAAGUACCUGGUAAAGAAUUCAUCCACCCUCUUCAGUGCCAGUGACUAUGAGGUGGCACCACCAGAGUACCACCGCAAGGCUGUGUGAGCUCUCAGCACAGCGCACAUCUACCAAGGCAUGCCAUCCCCUUCUCCCAGACCCCAUUAAAAUUAAGCAUUACUACCCUUUUGAGUGCAGACCUGGAUGAGAUUUUUUCAGUUGAACUGAUAGCGCUUCCUCCACAAAGGACUCAGAGCUUGUCACAAUUAAAAGUCAAAAAAUGAUGACAAAACA